AUGGGGAAGAAAAGAAAGGCAGGAGGCCGGUAUGGCGAGCCUACAGAACCAAAGGAGGAGAACUCAAAGCUUGCGAUAAGCACGUACGAAGAUGUCGCUGAUUCCGAGGACGAAUUCCACAUCAAUCGCGAUAAGAUAUUGCUGGACGACGGACCGGCUGCGAAGAAGCUGCGCAAGUGGCGGGAAGAAGAUGAGCUCCUACAACCUGAAGACGAGGAAAUUCUCGACUAUGACGAAGACGACGAUGAGGAUGGCUUCGACGAAGAACAAUACGAGGAAGAUGCUGAGGCAGACGAAGACGAUACACGCAAACCCGAAGCCGAAGACGAGGAGGAUCUUGGCGGUUGGGGUCCGUCGAAGAAAGAUUACUACAAUGCGGAUGCGAUAGAGACGGAGCAAGAUGCGCUCGACGAAGAAGCGGAAGCUUUACGAAUACAAAAGAAACAACUGCAGUCGAUGACAGAGGCGGACUUCGGCUUUGAUGAGGAUGAAUGGGCGGGUCAAGACGGCGAUGCUGGCGCAGAUUCCGGCAAGGUGGUGACGGAAGUGCUGCCACAGCUCCGGAUUACAGAUGACAUGUCUGAAGAAGAGAGGUUGAAGAUCCUACGGACGCGAUAUCCUGAGUUCGAACCGAUAUCGCAGGAGUAUCUGCGGUUACAACCUGUGCACCAUGAAUUGGCUGCGGCUGCUAAUGCCGCUACACGGCUCAUCAAAGCUCACACUUCAAAGUCCGGGAAAACGAAUGCGGCACUUUUACCGAAACCCAUGGCGAUAACCAAAUACCGAGCUUGUGCAGCUUAUCUAGCGGCUAUGUCGAUGUACUUUGCUGUCCUUGGUUCCACAGCACAGGAAGGCAAUUCGUCGGUGAUUGCAUUAGACCCCGCUGAGCUUCACGAGCAUCCCGUCAUGGAAAGUCUGCUCAAGACUCGGAGCCUAUGGGAGAAGGUCGAGGGUCUACCAAUUGGAGAUCCCAUGGUGGAGGCAGCCCUCGGCGAUGAAUUAUCUGUCAUCGAAGAAGUGUCGGUUGUUGAGACCGGCAAUGACCUGGAUGUAUCAGCGAAGGAGAAGAAGCCAAAGAAGACCAAGGCCCAGCGCGCUGCUGAAGCUGCGCAAGCCAAGUCUGAGGCACGACGUGCAGAGAAGCUCCGUCAGACCGAGGAGGAGCUCGCAUCGCUUGCUUCGCUCACUGGUGCAAAGGCUCUCAAGGCCUCUCGCAAGAAGAAAGCCGAGGAACCUAAGCUCAACCUGCUCAAUGCGGAAGACUCCGACUUCGGCGAGGAGACAGAACUCACGGCGCACGAGCUUGCGGAGAAGCAGAAGAAGAAGAAGUCAUUGCGUUUCUACACAUCACAAAUCGCUCAGAAGGCGAUCAGGAGAGAUGCUGCAGGCAAGGACGCUGGCGGUGACGCUGAUGUGCCUCACCGCGAGCGCUUGAAGGAUCGCCAGGCCCGUCUGCAGGCCCAAGCCGAGAAGAAGGGCCACAACAAGUCAGGUCCUGGUGUCGAUCUUGGUGAAGGCGGUGACAGCUCAGACGAGGGCGACGCACCACCACGUCCGGAAGAUUUCGAAGACGGUGACGGUUACUACGAUAUGAUUUCGGCCAGAAGUAACGCGAAGAAGCAGCAAAAGACAGACCGAGCCGAGGCAUAUGCAGUCGCAAAGGCACAGGGCGCGGCCGUCGUGGAAGAGGAGAUUAUCGGCGAGGACGGACGUCGCCAGAUCAGCUACGUGAUCGAGAAGAAUAAAGGACUGACUCCACAUCGGAAGAAACAGAAUCGCAAUCCGCGUGUCAAGAAGAAGAUCCGCUACGAAGCCAAGAAGAAGGCGCUCAAAUCACAAAAACCUGUGUUCGACGCCGGAAAGAAGGCGAAAGGUGGUGCGCAUUACCAGGGAGAACUCACUGGUAUCAAAAAGGGAUUGGUUAGGAGUAGAAAGUUGUAG